AUGGAUAGGUCAACUAUAUUGGCAACACUGUUGGUUCAUCUUGUUAUUCUUAUCUUUCUACAAACAGCUGAACAUGAAGCGAAGAAAUGUACUAAGCAGUCGAUAUAUUACGCUGCCCAACAGUACUGUGCUUCAACGUUUAUGUGGUGGUGCACUUCAAGAGGAUACAGACGUUUAACUAAAUACAAAACUACUGAAAUCUGUUGUCCAGGAUACAUCGGUACUGACUGUCAGACAGCAAUAUGCAAUCCUCCUUGUCAAAACGGAGGAAGUUGUGUGUCUCCCAACACGUGCGAGUGUCUAAAAAUAGUUGGCGGAAGUACAUGUGAAAGGGCCGUUACUUGUUCCCAUUUGAAGCCCUGUUAUCCGGGUACCUGCACCAAUACUUCCUGUUCCUGUGAUCAGGGAUUCGGAGGACAAUCCUGUCUCCAGCUUCAUUCUACCCAUCAAGUAAACUUUACCAGCCUGAAUGCAAAAUUAAUGAAUGUGAAGAGAACAGACAAUCGUUUAUUAUACGACUUUAUCGCAGACGGCUUCAGCACAUUUCAGUCAUUAUGGGUGGACCGGAAGGACUACAACUUUUUUUUGAUUCACUUUGAUGCCCUUUAUAAUCCCUACAUUCCAUUUCCACCAUCUUACAUUCACAAUCAUAGCAUUGGAAUUGUAUCUGCAAAUGCAAGAGUCACUCUUGCCAAAAUAGGCAGAGCGGGUGGCGGAACGACUGAUCUUGUUUUGAAUGAGACCUUAGUAUGUCCUGGAAAUUUUAAUGAUACGUCACCAUAUAAUCAGCUGCUAAAAUGCAAUAUUUCAUAUGAUCAGUUCAACAGGAUCAUUGAAGACGGUGAUAAACUAACAAUACUGGCCCUGGCAGAGAUAGGGGGCUUUAGAGAUUUGUGGAACAGCACACAUUUUGUCAAAAAGGAACUUUAUGAUCGAGUAAAAUCUCAACAAUCUAUAAACUUUAUGUUUGACUUUACUAAACCUAGACAUUGUUCCGAAUCAAAUAAUUGUACUCUGUCCGAACUGUUACCGCUUAGAAUUCCAAAAGAUGCUACCAAGGAUCCACUCGCAUUCGAGGUUGAUGGGUGGGAUGACAUUCCCUCAGGGGUCGAAAAAUACUUCCUGGAAAUUCACAAGCUAAAGAAAAACCCUCAUUCUGAUACAUUAACUGAAGAAGCACCAAUGAACCCGCUUUAUCGCGAAGAGAAAAACUCCUCUAGUUUACCCUUCCUCGAGUUUACACCACCAGAUCCAGGAGUUUAUUCAGCUAUUUUACAAGUUACAGAUAAAGCUAACAACUCCGAGUUUGCAAGACAAAUCGCUGUAUAUGAUCCUAAUUCUACAAUCACAACAACUGCAGAAUCUAACUUUUAUGUCUCCAGUGCAGAAAAAGUCAGCAACUACAGUUGGCAAUCAAGGUGUUCCACCGUGGAAGUCAAGUGGAAAGAUUUCUUCAGAAACUCAUAUCAUGUUGAAAACCACCUCUUAUUGUCUGUCGAAAAGUUCCCAUUGCAGAUAAGAGGUGGUGAUGUAGAAGAACUGAAGAGUGAGAUAGUAAAAGACGUGGAAGACAUUUAUGAUGAUCAUAAUGGAAGUAGAAGCGUCUCCGCCGUUAAACAUCUCCAUGGAAUAACUGAAUUUGAAGUUUACUACACGUAUAUCUCAUAUUCAAACUCAUCGACCAAUGAUGCAGCAGACAGUAUCACAGAAACAAACACUUCUAAAGACCAUAUCACUGCAAGAACAACAACUUCAGAAUUCAACAACGACAAUAUUACAGACUUCUCUAUCACUGUACCCACAACAAAUUAUAUGACAACUAUAUCACCUUGCCUGUCUGAAACAGACCGUGGCAACAUGGAAAACCAGUGGGUUAAAAUUCAAAAUAUUACCCAUGGUACAUAUGUUCUUAAACAUGAAUGGAAAGACGGUGACAGUAUAAAUAUCACUGUAAGAGCUCGUGAUUUAGUCAACAACACAAGAACUGAUUCCAGACUCGUAAGUAUGGACAGUUCGCCACCCCAUUCAAGCGAAGCAAUAUUUACAAAAAAUAUUGGAAAUAGAACACAUGAAUAUUCGAGCAGGGUUUUUAUACAAGCUUCUGAUGAGCACAGUGGUGUUCGACAUGUGCGUUGGCGACUUUUAGAUAAGAACAAACAAUACCAGAUACAUAAAGAAGGUUACUUCAUGAACAACCCUCUUCAGCUGACUGACUGUUCUACCAGUGAUGAUUGUUACUGUAUUCCCAUGGGAGAAUGCUACAAAAAGAACAUGGAGUUUGACUUCGACAAUUGUUGGUUGGCCGUUGAAAAACAACAGUUGUCCAACGUCACCUUUAUUCUGAAAAUCGAAGCUUUCAACCAGGCCAUGAUAUCGUCUAAUGUUACACGUUACGAGCUUUCCACUUUGACAUCCUUUGAUGGAAUAGAUGCCGGUAUUGGAAUAAAAAAUCUUCAAAGAGAGAGUUACGAAGGUGGAGCCAGAUUUACGUGGGAAAGUGUCCCGUCAUGUUACAAAGUCUCGGACAUAACUAUCUUCAUUUACAUCGAUUGUGAUAGAUCUAGACCUCCAAAGGAGAUAACCCUACCAAUAGAUAAAACGGAAUAUGUUUUGAACAAUCUUGAGGCAGGGAAAGAGUACUGUAUUGAGGUGAUUUCAAAUAAUACAGGGAAGUCAGAGGUGGUAGUGAAUUCCUGGACUAUUAAAACACCGACCGUCAUACCCAUAGCCAUGAUUGCUGGAGUAAGCGCAGUAAUCGCAAUUCUUCUGGGAAUUCUUCUGAUCUUUUUUCUCCUGUGGAGAAAUGGACAUUUAAACCCCGAAACAAAACGUAGGUUGACCAUGUAUCUCAAGAGGCCAGUCACCUUAAUGAUGGGAAAACGAAGGACUGGUUUUUACAGUGGACGUUUUCAAGACGAGGACAUUUAUGAUUUUGGUAAAAUGGUUUUCUCUGCUAACGAAGGCUGGUUAUACACAUUUGACGAUAUACAGCUGAAGGGAAAGUUGAAAUCCGGAGACUUUGCUGAUAUCUAUCUAGCGCAACUCUGCAAAAAAGACACUGUUGUCGCCAAAAUCCUAAAAGAGGAUUACACAGAGGAGGACCGCCUUGUUCUACAAGCCAAGAUCAGCUUCUUCGCCACUGAGGUUCCGCCUCAAGAUAAUAUAAUAACUUUCUUGGGUUCAGUGCUCAACCAUCCAAUGUUUGGUCCAUACAUGCUGUUGGAAUAUUGUGAGCUUGGACAAAUGAGGGAGUGGUUGAUAGAUCAGAGAAAUAAAGUCAACGAUGACCUGAUUACAGACUUCUGUAAGAUGGUUCAGGGAAUCGCAAAAGGGAUGGAAGCGUUAGCCAUCAAAGGGAUUGUUCACAAGAGAUUGGCAACAAGGAAUAUCCUUUUGACUUCUCGUCUUGUUCCUAAAGUAGCAGGAUUUGGACCCACGCCCGAGGAGGGAGAAAAUGAAGUGAAUAAAAAAGAAGCCAGGGAAAGGAAACCGAUAAAAUGGCUGGCUCCAGAGUGCUAUGAAUCCAUGAAGAGUUGUACUUCAAUGAGUGACGUUUGGGCGUUUGGAGUUGUGAUAUGGGAAAUAUUCAGUACUGGACAGAAUCCAUACCCAGGGAUUGAUGGGAAAGUUGUUCCUAUGAAGGUAAAAAGUGGCUACCGAAUGGGCGUUCCUGAAUUCUGUCCUGAAACACAUGGGACGCUGAUGGAAAGUUGUUGGGCCAUUAAACCAGAGGAGAGACCGACCUUCACAAGCAUUGUGAAUAAAUUGGACAGUUACUAUGACGCACGAUUUCCAUGUGAAUUUGAAGCUACGGAUGCCGUAUAAUAAUAGACAAAAAAUUGACCAACAUUUUUACACUUCUUUAAAAAAAAAAUGCCCUGUUUAUUUUGUCUUAUUUAGUAAAAAACUAUUUAAAAAAGAAUAUAAUAAGAAAGUAACGAUAAAGUAAAAAAUAUCCUUCAC